UUUUCUCCGAGUAGUUUUAUCAAUUUCCGGUAGAAAGAAAGCAUGGCGCCACAGUACUUCCGUAUGAUCUCUAUCUCUUGCUCCAAAUUGAUUGCGGCUGAAAAGCAUGUGAGACUCAGUAAGAUGCUAGUGGACAUGCUUUACUGGGUAUUCUACAAUCUUAUGGAUGAACGACCAAAUGAGGAAACAAAUUUUCUCGUAGUUGCAAAAGACAUCCCAGAGAAAAACACGGGCUUUUUCAAUGUUCUUGCAACUUUGAUGGCCAGAGAGUACAAUGUUUCCUUAGUAGUCCCUGAUGGCUUCCCUCCAAAACAACUGCCACCUCAUUCUACUGUAGAAUAUGCAUGGCAUUGGACAACGCUGUUUGAUGGUGGCCACCCUAUCGAAGAUUCGGAUUCUGAGGAAGAAGAUGUUGCGGAGAAAUGUCAGAACACAGAUGAUGGAAGCUCUCAUUGUGCGGAUGAGAAGACAUAUGAUGCUGGUUCCUGAGGGUGUUUGUUUGGUAUUUUGUAAUAUGGAUCCCGGUCAGUUCUAUCUGGCAGCGGUACCACCACUUGAUCAUCUCAUGUGCGAGAUCAAAUGGUAAA